AUGUACCUCUCAGGCUCAAAAGAGCUGGAUAAAAAUUUUAGCAGCCAUAGAGGUAUUGUAGAUGCUAAGCCACUGCCUCAACAGAGAACGAUUACUGAAGCUCUAAAAAUCACCAAGCCAGAUAGUCAAAGCUCAGACUGCCGCCACUUUUUUGAAAACCCUGAUAUUGUUGAGUCUUUUAAAGAUGACUGUUCAACUAGAAAAGUGUCAACAAAGACAUUAUUUGAGCGAGAGAGGGCAAAAGGUAAAUUUAGAUGUUUUCUUAAAGGAAAAGGGCAUACGAAAUGUUCCACUUUAAAGGGUUGUAAAGAUAAGCACCCUGGGGAAGCAGAGGAGCUUGCCAGGGCAAUAUAUGUGUUAAUGAACAGAGAAGUUACCUACAAAGGCCACAGAUUGUUUGUUAAGGGAGCAAUUAAAAGCGUAGAUCCACCAUGCACUGGAAAACCUUCGGGGCUUCCCCGUCACCCCUUGGCUUGCAAAAAUUGUUUUUCACAAAAACAGUAUCUAG